UUAUGCAUUGCUUUCAUAUUUCUCAUAAUUCAGUUGUUUGUAUUGCCUUCUCCUUGAUUGCCUCAUCCUCGGGGUUUUUCAUUCAACAUUACGUCUCAUAACAGUUGGUGGAGAAACUUACACUCAUACAAGGAUAUUAGAGAACUUGCUGUUCUUGAGUUUCUUGUUCAAGUAUCAUUGGAUCUCUAACUAUUUCAUCUUCCUAAGAUUGCGUGCUACUCAAGUCAAAGCUAGAUUGGGAGACAAGAUACAGAGAUAAGCAUUUCAUCUAUGUGUCUUUGAUCCCACAAGGAAAUGGAUAUUGUUAUUUCAAUUGCGUCCAAAAUUGCAGAGUCCUUGGUGACACCAAUAGGCAGAGAAUUUGGCUAUUUGAUUUACUAUGAUACCAACAUGAAAGAUCUAAAGGAUGAACUUAAACAGCUUUUUGAGAUGAAAGAUGGGGUGCAAGAAUUGGUCAAUGCUGCCAAAAGGAAUGGUGAAGUUAUCAACUCUAAUGUUCAAAUUUGGCUAACAAGUGUUAACAAGUUAAUUCAGAAAGUGUUGCAUUUUGAGGAAGAAGUCAACAUGAAAAGGCGAUUCUUGUACCGGUGGAACAUAAGUAGGAAAGCCACUAAGAUUACACAAGAUGUUCGUCAUCUCCAAAAAGAAAGAACAUUCAAUAAUAAUGUUGCCCAUCCUGCACCUCCACCGAUGAUAUGGUCAACAUUCAAAGAAGGUUUUAAGGAUUUUAAAUCCAGAAUGACACAUGUGAAUAGGGUGAUAGAGGUUUUGAAGAAUGAAGACGUUAGAAUGAUUGGGAUUUGUGGUAUGGGGGGUGUGGGUAAAACCACAAUGGUGAAAGAAAUCAUCAAAAGAUUGGCAGGAUUGAAAGUAUUCGAUAAUGUUGUGAUAGCAGUCGUGUCUCAAAGCCCAAGCAUUCGGAAGAUUCAAUCAGAAAUUGCAGAGCAGCUGGGGUUUACAUAUGACAAGGAGGAUACUGAAAGUGGAAGAGCUCGAAGGCUCUACGGAACACUCAUGGAUAUAAGUAAGAUCCUGAUUGUAUUAGAUGAUGUGUGGACAGAGCUUGAUUUUGAGGCUAUAGGACUUCCUUCUGGACUUACUCAUAAAGGGUGCAAGGUUUUGUUGACCUCACGAAACUUGGAAGUGUGCAACGCAAUGGGAAGUCAAGAAAUUUUUACAAUCCCAGUUUUAACACCAGAGGAAUCAUGGGAACUCUUCCGUGAAAUCAUAGGUCAACCCUUGGACUAUCCUGAUUUGGCGAAACGAGUCAUGAAUGAGUGUGCAGGUUUACCUAUUGCUAUUUUAACUGUUGCGAAAGCACUAGAAAAUAAGAGGAAGUAUGAAUGGGAUGAUGCCCUAAAACAGCUACAAAGUUCAGCUCCUGGAAGCAUCUCUUUGAUGAAUGACAGAGUUUAUUCAAGCAUACAAUGGAGUUAUGAUAGAUUGGAGAGUGAUGAAGCGAAGUCAUGCCUUUUGCUUUGUUGUUUAUUUCCUGAAGAUUAUGAUAUUCCAAUUGAGUAUUUGGUUAGAUAUGGAUGGGGUCGAGGGUAUUUUAGUAACACUGAUUCAGUGGAAGAAGCAAGAAAUAGAGUGCAUUCUUUGGUUGACAAACUUCAAAGAAGGUUUUUGUUGCUAGAUAGCAAAUUGAAAGACCAUACCAAGAUGCAUGACAUAGUUCGUGAUGUUGCCAUACAAAUUGCCUCAAGAGAUCCACAUAGAUUUCUAAUAAGAUGUGAUGCUGAAAAGAAAGGGUGGCCAAAGAUAUACGACCAUUACACAACAAUCUCACUGAUACCAAUUAAUAUUGAUGGGAUCCCAGUUGGUCUGGAUUGUCCAAAACUUGAGCUUCUACACUUAGAAGGUGAACGUUAUUCGGAAAAUAGCAUGGACAUCAUGUGUAAAGGGAUGAAAAAGCUGAAGGUUUUAGCAUUGGUAGACGUGCGUGGGAUAUCAGCCUUGCCAAGUUCACUAGGACUACUGAAGAGCCUUCAAACCUUGUCCCUAAAUGGUUGUCUUUUAACAGAUAUAUCUGAUGUUAUUGGAAGUUUGGAAAAUUUAGAGAUCCUCAGCUUUCGUGAAUGCUUUAACAUGUUAGAGUUGCCGAGGGAAAUUGGACUUCUUAAACAUUUAAGGUUGUUAGAUAUCACAGGUUGUGAUAGUCUUCAGAAGAUUCCACAUGGUCUCUUAUCAAGCUUAUCUAGUCUUGAAGAGUUGUAUAUGGAAAAUAGUUUUGGCAAAUGGGAACAAUCAGCAGCAGAAAGCGAAGAUAAGAGGAUGGCAAGCCUUGUUGAGGUGAUGUCUUUGUCUAAUCAUUUGAAGGUUUUAGUCAUAGAUAUACCCGAUUUCAACUUCUUUCCAAAAGACUUUUACUUGACAAUCCAGACAACAAUAAGAUUCCACAUAUCCAACAGAAAGUUUCAAUCAUCGAUUAUAGCACGUAUUCCAUCUACAAGAACAGGUUGUUAUGCAUUUGAAAAUAAGUUGGAUAUUGUUAGCAGUGAUGCAACGGAAUUCAUGGAGAUUCAAACUGUUCGACUCUUAUUUAAGAAAUGUGAAGAUUUAAUCUUGCAAGAGAUUAACAAUUUAAAGUAUGUCCUCAAUGAAUUAGACCAAGAGGGAUUGCAACACUUAAAAGUUUUAAGAAUUUGGGACUGCCCUGAGAUAGAAUACCUUGUAAAUGGAAGCUCUUUUAUCAACUUAAGAUCUCUUGAAUUACAUAAUUGCCCAGUUUUAAAAUAUGUAUUUUCUCUAUUAGUAGCAAGCAACUUGGUUCAACUCCAAAGCUUACUUGUUGCCAACUGUCCCGAAAUGAAAGAAAUCGUCUCAAAGGAGUGGAGGGAACAUGAGACCGCAUCGGACAUCAUAGCUUUCCCUAAAUUAACAAAUUUGACACUCAAUUAUCUAUCUGAUGAAUUUGUUGGUUUCUAUGAAGCCAACAAGCUAUACUCCAACCAUGAGGAUCAAAAUGUGGUAGGAACUUCAUAUGAUGAGCAUCAAUCUUCUAGAAGCUUUGAAAGAGCAGUAUUUCCAUCAAAGUGCAUUUUAUGGUUACAAAAUCUAGAAGAAGUGAAACUAGAAGAUUCCAAUGUAGAUGUGUUCUUUAAUCUGAAAGGCCAUAUGAACAUUCCGCGUGGAUUCCAGGGCUUCCAAAACUUAAGAUAUUUAAAAAUAGAAGGUAGUGGUGAUCUCCAGUAUGUGUUCCCACAUUCAAUUGCCAGGCUACUUGUGAAUCUUGAAGAGCUCAACAUAGCGCACUGCUGGGAAAUGGAAACUAUAGUCAGAUCUGCAGAUGAAAAUGAAAAACAGGAUCAGACGAGCAUGACUUUGUUUCCCAAACUAAAUAGUUUUGAUCUACACUGGCUUCCGAGUCUUGAGAGUCUUUGUCCUGAUGCUUCUACUUCUUUAUGGUCAGCCGCCAAAGUUAUGUCUGUGAAAAGAUGCUACAAACUGAAGACAUUGGCUUCAGUAAUUCCACAGAUAAAAAAGUUGGAGAAAGAUUCAACAGCUCAUCACGAAGAUGAAGACGAAGGUAUUUCAUCAGGAUCAUGUGGAUGUACACCUUAUUCAUGUGGCCCAAUGACCAAACCAACUUCAAGAAGAAAUAUUGUUCAAAUAUUGCCACGUCCAGUCAAUCAAGAGGUUGCACCAACAAAUCUUGAUCAAGACUCAAACAAUUACGAUAAUCUAGAACGUCUUUCUGUACAAUCUUGUGAGUCAUUGGAAGUUGUUUUCCAACUCAAGGGACCAAAGGCUGUGGAAAGCCACAAUGUUAAAGCAUUCAAUAAGUUGUGUUACUUGCUAUUAGACGAAUUGCCAAGUUUAAUGCACGUAUGGGAAACGGGCGGUUCACCUCAUAUCACAGGCUUUGGAAACUUAACAUUCUUAAGUGUAUCCCACUGUGGCAGUUUGCGAUAUUUGUUCUUGUCAACUGUAGCCAAGCUCCUUAUCAGUUUAAAGGACUUAAAAGUUGGGAAUUGUGAGAAGAUUGAACAAGUUAUUGCAGAAGCAGAUACUGAAUGUGUUGACCAAGAAAUUACAUUUCGUCAACUGAAUUCCAUAACGCUUGAAGAUCUACCAAACCUCAUUUGUUUCUCUAUUGAAGCUUAUACUUUGAAGUUUCCAUGUUUGAGGGAAUUGAAGGUUAUAAGAUGUCCAGAUUUAAGGACAUUUGGUUCUAAGGUUGUCAACGCACAUUCUUUAAUCAAAAUACAGACAGUGUUCGGAAAGUCUGAGUGGAUGGGGGACCUCAAUAGCACUAUAUAG